CGAACAGAAGAUGGAAAAAAUGAAGCAUCUGUCGGACUACCUACAGACACGGCAAAAUUUACACAGCUUUAUCGCUCUAUCAAUCGAAAUUUUAUAUUUAGUUUUGCAACAGACAUCGAUUUCAGUGUUUCAUCAAUUUUAGACCGAAAUUAACUGAAGACAUUUUUCACUUCAAUUUUAUCCAUUCAAAAUGAUCCGACGUUUCAGUUGUGAAUUCGUGAGUCCAUUCAGUAAAAUCAGUUUACCCACCGACAUCACUUUGCACCACACAGAACUGAGUCCGCCGUCACGAGCAAUUUUACUGGUGGCUAAAGUGCUCGGAAUAAAAUUGGAAUUGAAAAAUGUCGAUAUGCCGAACGGUGAACAUCUUACUCCUGAAUUCCUGAAGAUCAAUCCACAACAAACCGUUCCCGUCAUUGUCGACAGUGGUGUAGCCGUCUACGAAAGUCAUGCGAUUGCAGCGUAUCUUUGCGACAGUUAUGCCAAGGACGAUAAGCUGUAUCCGAGGGACCAUGUGAAACGGGCUCACAUUAACGCUCGUCUGCACUUCGACACCGGCUACUUGUUUGCACAGUUCAGCGCGUUGUUCGAAGACAUUUUUGUGUACGGUGCAACGGAGGCACCGCCCAAGGUGUUGACUCAUCUUCGCAAGUGUUACGACAUUAUGGAACGAUUUUUGGAAAGCGGACCGUUUCUGUGCGGUGAUCAUUUGAGUAUUGCGGAUAUUUCCUGUAUUACGACGCUGACGUCGGUGGAAUCGUUUGUGCCGAUCGAAAAAUCCCGGCAUCCGAAAUUGGUGAAAUGGAUUGCUACCAUGAAGUCGUUUUCGUUUUACGAGCUUAAUCGAACGGGAGCGCACGAUGUCCAAGAAAUGAUGCGGAACAAAAUGAAGGAAAAUAAAGAACUUGCCGAGGGAAGUGCAGAGAAGACGAACUAACCGUAACCGUACGUGAUUUUGAUUAAUUUUUAAUGUUGAACGUAGAUGAAAUUGCUUUGAAAGCCUUUGUUUGUAGUGAGAAUUAAAAUGUAAAUUCGACUUUUUCAAUAGAUGAAACUUUAAAAUACU